UACGAAAAAGGCCGGAAACCGCCCAACGAAUCGCACGCUCGCUCACAGGAUUGCACGGGAUGCGCGGUGUGCCAUGAGUUUUCUGCACGCGCAACGUCGGUUGGCAAGAGGGCCUGCGAGAGGGCAGUUUCAUGCAGUUUGGCAGUUCAGUGAAGAUGGCGGACUCGGUUGGCGUGCGAGGGGCGCUAGCUGAACAGCGGCGAGAACGCGGAAAAACGGCGAUUCUGUGUUAAAGGGAUACUGCCAGCAUACGGGUGUGUACGGCGCGGAUACCACGAGACGGCGGGAAGCCCAUGCACGCAGCACAAAGAUAAGUCUAUAAAGGACGCGAAAUGAAUGACGGAGCGACGGAUGUUGGACGCAAGCCGCACGAAAGAUCACAAUACGACGUAAACACAUGUCAAAAGAGAAUAUCGUGCCGUUCGCAGAUGCCGUAUUCUCGCCUUUGAAAAAAUCCACCACUCCGCUAUCUCCCGUUGAAGCCGGAUAUUGGAGUAACCAACGAAAGAAAACUGGGCGCAGGACAAGUAGAACAGGAACGGAAACAGAAACGCAAAAGAUUCCGAUCCUGAAAUUUAUCGAGGAACUUGGCAAAAUAAUAUAGGACGUGUCCAUAAAUAGAUCGUUGAUAUGGCCACGAUGGCUGGUGGUGAGUACACAUCCGUGAGGGAUUUCUACAAAGACAGAUCGAUUUUUAUAACCGGAGGCACGGGUUUCAUGGGUAAAGUGCUCGUUGAGAAGCUGCUGAGAUCGUGUCCGGAUAUCAAGAAUAUCUACCUCUUGAUGAGACCUAAAAAGAGCCAGGAUGUGCAACAAAGGUUGCAGGAACUGUUGAACGCGCCGCUGUUCGAGAAGUUGCGGCGAGAUUCUCCUGCCGAGCUCUCCAAGAUCAUACCGGUGGCUGGCGACAUCACGGAACCGGAACUGGGCAUCUCGGCGGCCGACCAAGAUAUGUUAAUACGAUCCGUGUCGGUCGUGUUCCAUUCGGCAGCGACGGUAAAAUUCGACGAAGCCCUGAAGCUGUCGGUCACCAUAAAUAUGUUGGGCACCAAGAGAUUGAUUCAAUUGUGCCACCGUAUGCGCAACGUAGAGGCACUCAUCCACGUCUCUACUGCGUACUGCAAUUGUGAUCGGAACGACGUGGCCGAGGAGAUCUAUCCAGUAAGCAAGGAACCCGAGCAGGUGAUCGCUUUGACAAAAUGGAUGGACGACAAGAUGGUCGAGGAAUUAACGCCAAGUUUUAUCGCCGGUCGACCAAAUACAUACACGUUUACCAAAGCAUUGGCCGAACGAAUGCUCCAGCGAGAGAGAGGCGCUUUACCGGUGGCGAUUGUCAGGCCAUCAAUCGUAUUGUCAUCGUACAGAGAACCGGUGGCCGGUUGGCUAGAUAAUUGCAACGGGCCUACCGGAAUUAUUGCCGCCGCCGGGAAAGGCUUCUUCAGGACUAUGUUGUGUCACGAGAAUAAGGUGGCGGACUUGGUUCCCGUCGACAUAGUUAUCAAUCUAAUGAUUUGCGCGGCAUGGAAGACCGCCACGCAGCGCACCGACACCAUUUCGAUUUACAACUGUUGCACCGGCCAGCAGAAUCCCAUCACCUGGAAGCAGUUCGUCGAGUUGUCAUUCAAAUACUCUCGGGUACAUCCGGCGAACGACACGCUCUGGUAUCCGGACGGGAAUAUACACAGCUCCGUCAUGCUGAACAAUUUGUGCGUGAUGUUGCAGCAUACGCUACCCGCGUAUAUUCUAGACAUCAUCGCUCGGCUCAAGGGCUCGCGGCCUAUAAUGGUCCGCGUGCAGGCCAAACUCUCCAAAGCUAGCAAGUGCUUGGAAUAUUUCAGCACGAAACAGUGGAAUUUCAGAGACGACAACGUACGACGACUGGGUGAGCAACUCAGUCCGGAGGAUCGGGAAACAUUUAUGUUCGAUGUUAGGCAAAUCGACUGGCCGUCAUACUUGGAGCAUUACAUUCUGGGAAUACGACAGUUCAUCUUGAAGGAGAGUCCGGAUACACUGCCAGCUGCUCGUUCACACAUUACAAAAUUAUAUUGGCUUCACAAGGCCGUGCAAUUCGGAAUGCUGAUAAUAAUAUUACGAGUCCUGCUGUUACGCAAUCCCGCAAUGCGAGGAGCCUUUUUCUCGCUGUUGUCUACCGUACUUCGUAUAUGCCGCUUGAUUGUUUGACGGCUCAGAACAGGCCCGGUCGAUGAUCGCGAUCAGCGUAACACGAAGCGGCCGCUAUCCACGGAGCGUUAUUUAAAGGUGCGAUUUGUUCUGCGACCUCGUUGCUCAGCCUCCUCGACGAUAAAGCGCUACUUUAACACCCAUCGAUUGGCCUUUUCGAUGUUGCUAAUUGUUGACGAGUAAUAGCGCCGUUUACAAAUGUCUGAAAAGAGUGUUGGUUGUCGAUUCGGUAUUGGACAAGAAUCCCGCAAAGGUACGCUCUAAACUUUGCAUAUAUUACAAUGAUGACUAUUAUUGCAUUAUUGAUGUUAUCCCUUGUUGUCCCGUGUGUGAACCGUGUUGACCGCCGUGAUAACGAUCGCCGUCGAGUCAGAGUUCUAUGGUGAUGUGGUCGUCAUUUUGUUGCGUGUUCCAUUAUGCUAGAAUAAAAAGUAAACGCCACGAUUAUUUCGUUAGGCAUCAAGGUGCUUUCCGACAAAGAACACAAGUCAACACAAAUGGAAUUCUGGGACGGUUUGCGCAGAUCUUAUUAAAAUUUAUUAAGGUGCUGAAUCAAUUCUUAAUCGUGCAAUUAGCAGUUUUUUAAAUCUGAUAAUUAUAAAUAUACAUACCGCUUUAGAAUCGAUAAAGUUAUUGAAGAUCAUUUCAAAUACAAGAUCGGACUAUGAAAACCAUUUCGGAAGUCGACUUGAAUUUUUUGCUGAAAAGCAAUCAUUGUACAUCGAUACUUUGCAUACUGAUCGUUGUUGAAGCAAGCUCGGUCAUCAUCGUUCAUUAGUCAGCAUGGCAAAAACACUUGCCUAAGCAGCUACUAUUCUCGCGAUAUGAUGCAUCGAGAAUCCGUCGUGCCCUUAUAUUGUCGGUAUCUGACAUUCUUUUUCCUUUUACUCUGUGAUGUAAGAUACCUAGAUAGAUAUUUUGCUAUAAAACCGCACGAAUAUUCGUCAGAUUGUGCGUACAGAGGUGAAAAAAUUCGAUUUAGAAACAACGCGUGCAAGAAACUCGAUCAUGUAGAAACCGUGAUAGGAGACGUUCACUAGAACAAGUGUGACACACAAGAACAUGGCGUUUUUCUCGAGAACUGCCACUGAUACGCCAAAAUCUGAGCGAUAAACGUGUCUUGUCCGGAACAACGAGAGCUCAACACGUGCAAACUCGUUUUGAAAAGAAGCUGCGCUACAUUAGUCUUAAUAAAAUAUCUCUAUGUAUCUUACAUGUAUUAUCGUCACAGAAUCGAUGUGCGAUGAAUUUUGAAGGCAUUGGCAACUUAUUACGCUAUCUUAUCCGAUCGAUCGGAGAUAAGAAUGCAAAAAUCAAAAUCCAAAUUAGAAUUAUUACAAAAAUUUCCUAUACAAAUAUAUAUAAACAUAUAAAUCUAUUGUAAUUGAUCGAAAUAUAUUUUAAUUCACUCAUGUCAGUUUCACGCGCGUUUUAUCCCAACAUAUCUUAAAAGUUGUACAUUAUAUAUUUCGAAAGCGCGCUUUUAUUAUAUCUCUGCUGGUAAAUCACUAACAAGCGAGUACACGCUCAUGCUUGAUAAUUGCACUUUUCAGCUAAUGUUCCAUUCGUUAUCGUUGCCUGUGCCUUUGAGAUGAUGAUGACGCAUUACGCUUCGUACAAUUCUAUAUUAUUUAUUCGACUUUUUCAUAUUUUUUCGCGUGAAAAUAAUUUAUUGUUCAAAUCGGAGCGGUCUUCCCCUUUACGUAAAAUCGUAACGAAAUAUUGUCAGGCUUUGGGAAUGAGAGAUAACAUUCGAAAUAGAUAAGCGUAAAUGUAAACACAGAAAUAGUUGCGUUAACUAACAGCAUAAGGAAACGACAAAUAAUUCUAAUUUUGCGCUAAGAAUAAAAAAAAGAGGGGUAGUGCUACGAAGGUCACCAUCUGCUAGUCUCGUCUGUAUUGUUGCUCGGUUCGCAGUGCAUACAAAAAAAAAAACAAUAUUUAAUAUAUAAUUAAUUUAAUUAAUAUUAUACUAUGCUAUUAUACAGAUUACAUUAAAAAUGAUGAAUAAUUACAAACGAUCGUCUCACUACUUUCCUCCUGUGAUGUCCUACCUACAUUUCCAGACGAAGUUUUAUCGAUAUUGGCACACAGACGGAUUCUUGUUUCGAGCCAUCAUGUUUUGUCAAUGCGCAUCGAAGUCGACGUAAAAAGGGCUGGUAAAAUCGAUAGAAUUUAUUUGCGCCACUAUUUAUUGAAGACCAUGAGCGAUGCGUUGUGGAGGAGUCUCUUUUUAUUCCAAAAAUAAAUCGCAUAACACGUU